AUGCUAGUCAGUGCUGAUGCGAAGUUUUCACUAGUCCUGAUGCGCUGGAGUCCCAUCCAGGAGGGCCGAGAACAAGAGAAUCGGCCUCCAGCAGCAGAACUUGAAUCCACAGUGCAUCGCAGAAAUUUGCCGAAAUGGUAUCAUAGAGGACAAUCGGGAUGGGCAUGGGCCCAUAUGCACAAGAUUAUUGGUUUUGUCCCAACUCUGCUCAACAUCGUUUUGGAAAAUUCCUUGGAUGUCAGCAUACGACAGGCGGCCUCUCUGUACCUGAAAAAUAAUAUUUCAGAGUGGUGGCAGGAUCCAGAUCCGGAUAGACCGGGGGAAUCCGAGACGUUCAACAUACAUGAGCAAGACCGCCAGGCGAUCCGCAACGCUAUUGUUGCUGCCGUAGUUGCCUCUCCUUUUCCUCUCCAGUCGCAGCUUAAGGUUGCUCUCUCGAAAAUAAUAAAGCAUGACUUUCCUUCGCGGUUUCCCGAAUUUCCGGACCAGGUCAAACACUACUUAUCUACAUCAGAUCAGAACCAAUGGCAUGGGGCUCUCGUAUCUUUCUAUUCUUUCGUGAAGGUCUUUGAGUACAAGAAAAGUGAUGGAAAGCACAAGGUUGCGAGUAUAAUGAAGGAAUUUUUGCCCACCUUGCACGCCGCGAUUGCUAAUCUCGUCACAACAAAAACUGAGGAAUCCUUGAUGUUGCAGUUACUGAUUUUGAAAAUUUUCUUUGCGUUCGUCAACUUUCACUUUCCCCUUGACGCUAUGGAGAGAGAGGCUGUGGGUCCAUGGAAUGAUGUUUUCUGCACGAUCAUUUCCGACUUUUCCGUACAAACGUCUGACCCAACACACCCCUUUUGGAAAGCGAAGAAGUGGUCUGUGAGAAUUUUGUUGAGACUGUUUACGCGGUAUGGGAGUCCGGGCGUUGUCAGCAAGAAGCACCAACCAUUCGCCGAGUGGUAUCUGAAGUCAUUUUCUACCGCCAAUUUGAAUGCAAUGCUUGGAAUAUGUGAAUUGUACCGGCGGAAAUCUUUCGUUUCAAAACCGGUUUUAAGCCAGAUAUUAGAAUACUUUUCUGCUGCACUUGGCCAUUCAUUUGCCUGGAAGAUACUCCGGAACGAUUUCCUGCUUCUUGUUCGGGAGGUCAUCUUCCCCCUCUUAUCCCACUCCGAAGAAGAUGCAGAGUUGUGGCAAGAUGAGCCGAUCGAGUAUAUCCGUUAUGCAGCAUCUGACUGGGGGCGACCGUCAGAUCCAUCGAGCUCCGCGUUCUCUUUGCUGGCAGAAGCUUGCUUAAAGCGGCGUGGGGUGCUGAAUAAUAUCAUGCCUUUUUGUAUGCACAUACUAACGUCAGACAGCUCCCCGUCAGAGAAAGACGCCGUACUACAUAUGUAUGGGGCAAUAGCAGAGCUGCUACUGAAGAAAGAAGCAUAUAAAACGCACCUGGAACCAUUCCUUGUGAACCACGUUCUUCCAACGCUACACGCCCAGGAGGGCUAUAGGCGUGCUCGGGCCUGUUGGCUCAUAGGCAGACUAGCGGACGCCAAGUUCAAUGAUCAAAAUAUAUUGGUUCAAGUCGUGGAUGAAAUACGUAAAGCGGUUUUUAUGGAUCCGGAGUUGCCGGUCCGAGCCUUUGCGGCUCUAUGCCUGUCCGAGCUGAUUCGCUCACAAGAACAAGCGCACAAAGUUCUUUCUCCGCAUCUGAGGGAUCUAAUUCUCCAGUUGCUGAAGUUACUUCGUGAAACAGAAUUCGAUGAUCUGAACCAAGUGAUCGAGCGAAUUAUGUUAUCUUUUGAGAAGGAGAUAGUUCCUAUUGCUGCGGAAUUGAUGCAGAACUUGUGUCUCACCUUCAUGCAGCUAGUCCAAACAGGUGAAAAUGGAUUUUCGGAGAAAGCCGAUGAACGUGGUGAUGCAGAAGACGCCUUUGAAUAUCGCUCAAUGGUCGCCACAAGCAUUCUUGACAACAUGGAAUCAAUGCUGCAGAUAGCGGAGGAGCACGAGGGUCUGGUAGCUCAGCUUGAACCUAUUGUUGCGCAGCAAAUACAAACCAUCUUUGAGCGGGACCUGUCAAUGUUCUACGAAGAGGCGCUCAAUCUCCUAAGCUGUCUGACCACAGCAAAAGUUUCACCGCUCAUGUGGCAGAUUUUUGAUCAGCUUUACGGUAUCUUCCAAAAAGAUUCUGGUGACUGCUUUUCAGAGAUGAUGCCUUGCCUGCACAAUUUCAUCACCGUUGAUCGUCCAGCUUUCAUAUCUGAUCCGAAACGAGUUGAAACCGUCGCCACAAUGUGUUCUCAGAUAAUUCAGUCAGAUGAACAGGAUGAGACGAUUCAGCUACAUGCGGCCAAACUACUGGAAGUGUUACUGCUUGAUUAUCGGGGCCAAAUCAACCAAUACGCUCCUAAAUUCAUUGAGUUCGCCCUGACGCGUCUUACACGUCCAAUCACCACAAGUGAACUACGUGUUAUGUGCAUGCAAGUUGUAGUUGCCGGCUUACUGUAUGCUCCGUCUGAUGUGUUACCAGUUAUGGUAGAACAUCAGUGGCCAGGCACCUCAGUACCUGUUCUGGUUGAAUUUUUGAAGCUCUGGCUGCAAGAUACCGACGUUUUCCUCGGAUUACAUGAUCGCCGGGUAUGUGUAUUGGGUCUGUGCCUGCUGCUGUCCUUACCAGCCGACCAGCGCCCUCAAGCCGUUGAAGCAUUGGCCAAGGACUAUCUCCCCACGUUGCUUGUCUUAUUUGAUGGACUUAAGCGGGCCUACGCAACGAAAGCGAAAAAUCAAGCGGAAAGUGAUGAAUCAGAUGAAGAGGAUGAAGAUUUGGAAGACAAGGCUCUAGGUAGCGAUGAAGACGAGGUUGACGAGGAGGGCGCCUCGUACAUGGAGAUGCUGGAGGCUGCGGAGGAGGAGGACGACAGCUCAGAUACCGGCGAUGAUGACGACGAUGAGGAAACCAUCCUUGAAGCCUUCGAAACCGAAUUAGACAAACCUGAGUGUGAUAUGGACGAAUAUGUAACGUUCUAUCGAAUUAUGACCGAUUUGGAGCGUACAGAUCCAUCCUGGUACGGUCAACUCAUUGGUAGCCUGACAAGUGAACAGCAAACGGAACUGAAAGAGGUUGUCAGUAUGGCCCUGAAGUGCAUUCAACAAAAAGAGUCAAAGAUGAUUGAACAAGCUGGCGGCUAUGUUUUCCAUCCCACGAUCCCAUCCAGCUUUGAUUUCGGUGCAAAUUCGAAUGGACAACCACAGUAAUUCAUCAGGGAACAAACUUGCAAUAUUUUUUACAUUGGAUCUCUCAUCCCAGCGCUCUAGAAUCUUUUAAUAAGAUUCGCUUCAAUCAGAGUCUUAUAUUUGGUUGGUUUCUGCAACCCUCUGUGAAAAAUUACCGUUCCGUUUAGCCGUUUUCCGUUCAUUUGGGUCGGUUUUCAAGUUUGAGUAUCUUCACGAGAUAGGAACUUCUGCUAUACCCGCCUCGCUGAACUGUACACGCAUUCAGGUCCCACUUUGUUGAUCGGAUUAUUUCCCAGUGAUUUUUCCUUGACCUCUUCUUAUGAUCAUGGAUUUGAACCGCAAUGGGCAAUAUUGAGACUUUGGAAUCCAGUUUUCUCUUUUUUAUACCCUGGGAUCUCUAAACUGC